AUGCCCCGGGACAACAUGGCCUCCCUGAUCCAGCGGGUGGCGCGGCAGGCGCGGAUCACCUUCCGCAGCCCGGCGGGGCCGGCCUUCGGGGACAACCUGCACCGGCUGCAGCAGCUGCUGGACGAGGUGCGCGCCGAGGACUUGCACUUGGCGCCGCGGGGGCCGUCGGCGGCAGCGGCGGCGGGCGGGGGGCUGCCGUGGUCCGGCGUGGUGCCGCCCGUCAGCUACAUGCACAUCUGCGAGACGGAGAGCUUCAGCAUGGGCGUGUUCCUGCUGCGGAGCGGCGCCUGCAUCCCGCUGCACGACCACCCGGGCAUGAACGGCAUGCUGAAGGUGCUCUACGGCACGCUGCGCAUCGCCUGCAUGGACACGCUGCCCCCCCCCGCCGCCGCCGCCGCCCCGCCGCCCGCCGCCGCCGCCGGUCCCUGCCACCGCGCCCUGUUCCGCUCCCGCCAGCACUACACGCCGGCCUCCCCGCCCUGCCUGCUCUCGCCGCACACCGACAACCUCCACCAGAUCGACGCCGUGGACGGGCCCGCCGCCUUCCUCGACAUCCUGGCGCCGCCCUACGACCCCCAGCACGGCCGGGACUGCCACUACUACCGCCUGCUGGAGGGGCCGCCGGCGGGCGCCGAGCCGCCCGGGCUGCCGCAGGAGGUCUGGCUGGUGGAGACCCCGCAGGCCGCCGACUUCUGGUGCGGGGGAGAGCCCUACCCCGGGCCCCGCGUCUGCCUCUGA